AUGGUGACGUGGUAAAAUGUUCCCACUUUAGGCUGCAGCGCGUGCUCACAAAGCCUCCGACCAACAAGCCUGCCUCGAAGAAGUCUGCCCUGAAGAAGUCUGCCUUGAAGAAGUCUGCCCUGAAGAAGUCUGUCUUGAAGAAGCCUAUCCCAAAGAAGCCUACCUCGAAGAAGACUGCCACCAAGCAGGCUCUAGUUAAAGGAAAGGCCUCUCUCAAGGGCAAGGCCGCCAAGGGCAAGGUUCCUUCCAAGGGAACAAAGGGAAAAGCGACUUCAAAAGGCAAGAUUACCGCCAGUAGAAAGCUCCUCCCAAGGGAAAGGCUCAGGGCAAGGGCAAGACUAUUCUUAGGGGAAAGAGCAUAAAGGGCAAGACUAUUGCUAAAGGAGAAGCUCCUUCUAGAGGAAAGACUCAGAGAAAGGGCAAGACUUCAUCCAAGGGAAAAUUUGUUCCUAAAGGGAAACCUAAUACGAAGGGGAGGGGUUACUUCCAAGGGAAACACUCGCGGCAAGAGCAAAGCUACUGCCAAAGCAAAGGCUGUUUCAAAGGGCAACACUGGUUUUAAAGAAAGGACAGGCGCCAGGGGAAAAAUUGCCGCUAAGGGAAAGGCUGGUGGUAACGGGAUGGUUGGCGCCAAGGGCGAAGCUGUGUCCAAGGAUAAAUCUUCACCCAAUGAAGACACUGCCACCAGCCUUGUCUGUAAUUUGAAACGUGGUGCGACCCAAUAAUCCCACUCGUCGUGCCAGAGACCGGCCAGUCCCGAGAACAACGGGCAGGACGUGGAGCCAUGGGGUGGACGUGGUAAACCGGAGGAAAGGAAAACAGGCACCUUUGAAGUCCUCAAGAAAGCGGCCGGAAACAUGCAGCUAGAAGAGAACCAGAAAUACGCGUUCUGCGAAGAUACCCGGAAGAAUAUCGAGUGCCACCGACGUCUCGUUCACGGGACCUACAAGGCCACGUAUAAUCCAGUUCUCAACCGAAUCACGCACGACAUUCCCGAUAUGAAAUUCUCUGAAGUUACCUACGAGAAAGAAGACCCGUCAAAGAGUAAGCUAAAGGUUGACCAGGGAUAUCGAGCGGAUAACAACCCCUUUGAAGACCCAAACAAGUACACCUACGAAAUAUGGGGCAAGGCUGGUCCUAGACCCGAGAAGUGA